AUGUGCGAGCGGGCGGCGCGCCUGUGCAGGGCCGGCGCGCACAGGCUGCUCCGGGAGCCGCCGCCGCAGGGCCGGGCGCUGGGCGGGCUGCUGCGCUGGGUGGGCGCCAGGAUGGGCGAGCCCCGGGCGCCGCUGGUCCCCGACGCCCCCGCCGCGGACCCCGGCCCCGCCGCGCCGCGCGGGGGCACCGCCGUCAUCCUGGACAUUUUCCGACGUGCGGACAAAAAUGAUGACGGGAAGCUGUCCUUGGAGGAAUUCCAGCUCUUCUUCGCCGAUGGCGUCCUCAACGAGAAGGAGCUGGAGGACCUCUUCCACACCAUCGACUCCGACAACACCAACCACGUGGACACCAAGGAGCUGUGUGAUUAUUUUGUGGACCACAUGGGAGACUAUGAGGAUGUCUUGGCGUCCUUGGAGACACUGAAUCACUCUGUCCUGAAGGCCAUGGGCUACACCAAGAAGGUGUAUGAGGGCGGGAGCAACGUGGAUCAGUUUGUGACCCGCUUCCUCCUGAAGGAGACGGCCAAUCAGAUCCAGUCUCUGCUGAGCUCUGUGGAGAGUGCGGUGGAAGCCAUCGAAGAACAGACUAGCCAGAUCCGACAGAACCACAGCAAGCCCGACCACGGGGGCAUGGGCACCUGGUAUGGAAGCCCCUCUCCUCCCCAUGCCCCCAACCACAAGCUCAUGGCUGUGGAGCCAGGGAAGAGCCUGCCAUCUGUCACUGGGGACCCAAAGGAGGAGGGUCUAGAAGCCCAGAUCAGCCGGCUGGCAGAAUUGAUUGGGAGGCUGGAGAACAAGACACUGUGGUUUGACCUGCAGCAGCGCCUCUCGGAUGAAGAAGGCUCCAAUAGGCACCUGCAGCUUGUCCGGCAGGAGAUGGCCGUGUGCCCCGAGCAGCUGAGCGAGUUCCUGGACUCCCUGCGACAGUACUUGCGGGGCACCGCUGGAGUGGGGGGCUGCUUCCACAUUGCCGCUGUGAGGUUGUUGGACGGCUUCACCUUCGUCAUCUAUGAGUUCUGGGAGACAGAGGAGGCGUGGAAGAGGCACCUGCAGAGCCCCGUGUGCAAGGCAUUCCGGCACGUCAAGGUGGACACACUGCGCCAGCCCGAGGCCCUCUCCCGGAUCUCAGUGCCAGCCGCUUGGUGCACCGUGGGCCGAGACUGACCACCGCCGAAGCUGUGGAGGCAGCACCCCUCUUGUCAAGGACCCCCCUUUUCUAGAAACUUUGGUACAGUCUUUUCAAUAUACUUCUAAACAAGAAUGUAUUUCCUCUGCGGUUUGGAGUGAAAGAGGACCCCUGUCCCCACCCGAGCUGGCAGAGCUCUGUGCUCUGGGGUCCCCCUGAGGCUCCUGGGCUGGCAUCCCCACCGAGCCCUCCUGCCCCCCAGGUGGCCUCGCCAGGCCAGCCCUGGCUCAGCAGGGCUUGCCCACAGCCACUUCUCACCCCCUCCUGACGUCCCCUCCCUGGUAGGAGCCGUGGCCCUGUAGUGCCCAACCUAGGCCAAGCCCAGAAGUGGCAGUAGUGCCCAUGUACCAGUGCCACCUUAGGCACCAAAUAAACCCUAGCUAGG